CCCGCGCGUAUGCUGCUCGAGGAAAAAGUUGGAGCUGCAGCAUCUUGACAGGCAGGCUUGCGUUCAAGACCAGCAGCUAGCACGAGCGUUUGAUGUCGUGAUGGUAGCGCCAGCCGUGCCAACCCGGCACCCUUCCUGCGUCAAAGCACGCGAGAGAAAACGCGGUGAAGCUCACCCCUGGAACUGGCCCCACACCUCUCCCCCACACUGGUUUUUUUUUUCGCGACCCCUGAAAAAAGCAGGAGCUUUCUUUCGAGCAGGGGCCGCCGCCUCUCAGCCUCGAGCCGAGCCUCAGCCGAGCCCUUCGAGCUUCUCAAGAUAGUAAACGCCCCAGGGUUUGCAAGCACCCACCCGAAUGCGACGGCGAGCCCAGAAAAGCCCAGCAUAGCCCUUUUAGUUGUGUGGCACUUGCGCCACGAUUGUACCGAAGGGGCCGCUUCUCGCUCGGGUUUUUUUUUUGGGGGAUUGCGAGGUUGGCUUGCAAUGAGGUGACAACGUGAAUUUUUUUUUCUUCCACCCACAACAGCAAGGGAUCAUGGUCUGCGCCCGGAUCCCUGUUGUCCGGGCCCCGGCGAGACUCCUCGGUCGCCCGGUCGCCCGGGGCCGGACUUGGGCGCGGGGCUUACACGUGACCACCCCGGCGUGCAAGAAGAAACCGGCCACGCCGGCUGCUCCGGGAAAGCACAAGGUCGCGCCACCGGCCAAGCAGCCGAAGUUGCAGCCGAAGUCGCAGCCGAAGCCGCCGCCGCCGCCGCCGCCACCGCCAAAGCCGCAGCCGCCGCAGUCGAAGUCGAAGUCACAGUCGGAGUCACAGUCGAAGUCGCAUCAACGAAAACAGCAGCAGCCACCGCCGCCGCCACAGGGGCAGGCGCCGAGCGGCAAAGAGGACCAAAAAGUCCCUCUUUCAGAGCUCGUGGAGAAGCGGGGCAAGGCGUUCAUCGUCAUGGUGAUCGGUGGCACCAUCUUCAUGGGCUACACCUCGUACGUCUUCACUGUCUUUUUCCGGGCGUCGGAGCCGCCUGCAUCGGACGCCGAGGCCCUGGCGACGGCGCGCAACUACGAAGAGGAGCUGGCGGCGCGCGAGCCCGCCGUGCCGACGGGCCUCCCCCCGACCAUCUCGCGCGCCACGGCGGCCGAGUUCGACGCCGGGCUGGACUGGCCCGAGCUCGUCAUGGGCCACCGGCGGCUGCGGCGGCGCCUGGCUGCCGAGUGCCGCGGCGACGUGCUCGAGGUCGCCGUCGGCACUGGUCGCAACUUUGUCUACUACGACUGGGACGACAUCGCCGACGUCGACCCGCAGCUGCGCACCGUCCGGCGGCUCGAGAAGCGCGGCGGCGGCGGCGGCGGCGGCGGCGGCAAAGGUGGUGCUGGCGACGGCGGGGAGGUGGAGAUGGCCAGCUACACCGGCGUCGACGUCUCGGCCGACGUGCUCCACCUCGCGCGCCGCCGCAUCCGCGACCUCGUCCCCGGCAUGGAGCACCGGGUGCCCAAGGCAAGGCCCAAGGUCGACGAGGCCGCGGGCGAAGAGCAGUUCAGGACCGCGGGGGUCGAGGAGGUCCUCAACAUACAGGACGGGAAGCUGCGGCUGGUGCGCGCCGACGUGCAGGACGGUCUCCCGCUGCCUGCGGCGCGUCCACGGCGGCUGGAGCCUGGCCAGCAGCAGCAGCAGCAGCAGCAGCAGCAGCAGCAGCAGCAGCAGCAAUCCACUGCCUUGGAAGCGUCGUCUGCAAAGCCGGGCCUCUUCUCCUUCUCGCGGAGCUCAGGGUCAGGGCAGCCAUCGACGCCACCCUCGUCCACCGCAGCGACGGCCCCUCCCGAGGAGCCGGCGCACUACGACGUUAUCGUGCAGACCUUCGGGCUGUGCAGCGUGGCGUCGCCGGGCCGGCUGCUGGCCAACAUGGCGGCGGUCCUCAAGCCUGGCACGGGCCGGAUCCUGCUGCUGGAGCACGGGCGCGGCGACUGGGACUUUGUCAACAACGCGCUCGACCGGCUGGCGCCAGGCCACUUUGCCCGCUUCGGCUGCUGGUGGAACCGCGACAUCGAGCGCAUCGUGCGCGACGCCGCCGCCGCCGUCCCGGGGCUCGAGGUCGUCAGCGUCAAGAGGCCCGGGGUCCUGCAGGCCGGGACGACGCUGCUGAUCGAGCUCAGGGUGGCUGCUGCGGGUGGCCCUGAGGAGGCUCGCAGUAAGUAG